AUGCUCAUGCACCAUCACUUGAAUGGGUAGUAAUAAGGUUCCUCAUCACGUUCGAUGUCAAUAUCUAUGGAUGAUUCAAUCAAUAUGUAAAUACAACCAAUUGUUUAAAAAAUGGUCGUUGUCAACUCUCAUUAACUAUUAGUGAGAAAACCAUCUAACUAAGCUUAAGAUAUUGUUCAUUCACCACCUACAGCCAGCUUAACUCCACAGCAGCCAUCAGAAAAACUUCCUGAAAAAGACAUGAAGGAUUUAUUAUUAAUAGAUGAAGAACCAAGCAUCAAAGAAUAAUCUAUAUAAAUAACUCCAGAACCAAAAAAUAAGAAAAAGCAAAUCAAGGAUAAUGUAGCUAACGCAGAGAUAAUCAUAGACGAAAAACCUUAGAAUUCCUACAGUGAUGUACAUUGGAGUAAAUUAAUUACAUCCAAAACAAGUAUCACUCAUCCUUCAUUCCAAUUAAAAUUUCUUUAAGACAAGGCUGCAGAAUUCUCUAUCAAAAUAUCUUCUUUUGAGUGGCUCAAACCUAAAUUACAAAAUACAUACUACUAUAUUAGUAGUGCUGUCUUAAGUGUUUACUUAAGUUUUUUCAUCACAAUAAUGUUAUUCGAUUUAAACAAUGGAAUGUAUUAGCAACCAAUUUACUAAGUCAUAUUGAUGGCAUUUUGGUUAAUAGAUACUAUAAAUUAAAUACUUUUUAUUCAAUAUAAAAAUGGAGAGGAAAUAGUAAUAAUGGAAGAUUUAGUUGUGAGAUACUGUAAAUUUCAAUCAUUAAUUGAUAUAUUGGGCAUAAUCCCGAUAAUAUUUUGUCUAAUUUCAAAAGGGAUGCCUGUUAUUUAAUUAUUGCAUCUAGUUAACAUAUGGAAAAUUAGAAGAGUGUUUUAUGAAUUGUAAAUGUUAAUAGGUAAAUUCGCAUUGUACAUUUAUUAUAUAUUGGAACUUCAUUUCGUUUAAUUUAUAGCUUUGACUAUAAUUCAAUUUUCGUUGGAUAAACAUUUAAAUUUUUUUGAUGAAUUCAUCGUAUUAUUCUAUAGAUCAGAGAAUGCUAAUGUUCUUACUUAUAUCGUUAGGCUUCUCAUUCUAAUUUAUUAUUUCUAUUUCAUACAUAGAUACAACACCGAAGAUAGAUGGAAACUGAAUCAGAUUUCAAUUCAAAACAACACAAAGUAAAAAAUUAAUGGGUAUAUCAAUAAAUUAGAGAGUCAAUCAAAAGUUGAUCUCAAUUUCCUGGAAUACUUACCUCAGCCAUAUGUUGAAGACUUCAAAAACUAACGUUACAUGUAGAUAUUGUCUAAUAUACCAAUUUUUAAGUCUUCCUUCUCUGAGAACACUCUUAAGGAGAUUUGCAACCUUAUUCAAGAAUACACUUACAAUCCUAAUUAAACUAUCCUUCUUUAGCGAACUCCUAAUCAGUAACUGUACUUUAUUUUAUCAGGAGAUGUCAGGAUAUCCUAGAGAAGGGAAGGAGCCUAAGCAAACUGUGAAUUUAAAUUAAAAGUAUUAGGUGAAGGUUAGAUGUUCAAUAACAAAGCGUUUUUCAAAAAUUCUUUCUCGAACAUCUGUGCUACUUCAAUAGGAUUCUCUUAAAUUGCUUAAUUGGAUGUUGAACUAUUUUAGGAGUGUAUUAAACAUCACUAUUAGGAAAAAUAGAAGUAUAAGAUGAUGUUGGAUUAAAUUGUGCAAUAGGAAUUUUAUAGUUUAUGUUUAAUGCGUUGUUACGCUUGCGGUAAAUUUCAUGAUAUUGAUGAAUGUGAUCAGGUACACUAUGUCCCUAAGAGAUCUUUCUUAGUUUCUUACAUUUAAUCUAAUGAUGUAUAGGGAAGACUUCCAAAGAAGAGAAUUAGAUGUAGGCAACAGAGAACUAAGUCGUUCAUGUUAAAGAUAGAGGAGAAUGCUUUGCUCUACCAGUAAUUGAAUAUUGAAUCAGAGUUAUCUGAAGAACAUAGGCAUUUAGAAGAGAUGAUAAGUAUUCAAUAAUAACAUUAUUUACGGGAAGUUACUAAUCCAUACACAGAAAGAUAAAAUUCACUAUUGCAAUCUUAAUAGNAUUUAAACAAUGGAAUGUAUUAGCAACCAAUUUACUAAGUCAUAUUGAUGGCAUUUUGGUUAAUAGAUACUAUAAAUUAAAUACUUUUUAUUCAAUAUAAAAAUGGAGAGGAAAUAGUAAUAAUGGAAGAUUUAGUUGUGAGAUACUGUAAAUUUCAAUCAUUAAUUGAUAUAUUGGGCAUAAUCCCGAUAAUAUUUUGUCUAAUUUCAAAAGGGAUGCCUGUUAUUUAAUUAUUGCAUCUAGUUAACAUAUGGAAAAUUAGAAGAGUGUUUUAUGAAUUGUAAAUGUUAAUAGGUAAAUUCGCAUUGUACAUUUAUUAUAUAUUGGAACUUCAUUUCGUUUAAUUUAUAGCUUUGACUAUAAUUCAAUUUUCGUUGGAUAAACAUUUAAAUUUUUUUGAUGAAUUCAUCGUAUUAUUCUAUAGAUCAGAGAAUGCUAAUGUUCUUACUUAUAUCGUUAGGCUUCUCAUUCUAAUUUAUUAUUUCUAUUUCAUACAUAGAUACAACACCGAAGAUAGAUGGAAACUGAAUCAGAUUUCAAUUCAAAACAACACAAAGUAAAAAAUUAAUGGGUAUAUCAAUAAAUUAGAGAGUCAAUCAAAAGUUGAUCUCAAUUUCCUGGAAUACUUACCUCAGCCAUAUGUUGAAGACUUCAAAAACUAACGUUACAUGUAGAUAUUGUCUAAUAUACCAAUUUUUAAGUCUUCCUUCUCUGAGAACACUCUUAAGGAGAUUUGCAACCUUAUUCAAGAAUACACUUACAAUCCUAAUUAAACUAUCCUUCUUUAGCGAACUCCUAAUCAGUAACUGUACUUUAUUUUAUCAGGAGAUGUCAGGAUAUCCUAGAGAAGGGAAGGAGCCUAAGCAAACUGUGAAUUUAAAUUAAAAGUAUUAGGUGAAGGUUAGAUGUUCAAUAACAAAGCGUUUUUCAAAAAUUCUUUCUCGAACAUCUGUGCUACUUCAAUAGGAUUCUCUUAAAUUGCUUAAUUGGAUGUUGAACUAUUUUAGGAGUGUAUUAAACAUCACUAUUAGGAAAAAUAGAAGUAUAAGAUGAUGUUGGAUUAAAUUGUGCAAUAGGAAUUUUAUAGUUUAUGUUUAAUGCGUUGUUACGCUUGCGGUAAAUUUCAUGAUAUUGAUGAAUGUGAUCAGGUACACUAUGUCCCUAAGAGAUCUUUCUUAGUUUCUUACAUUUAAUCUAAUGAUGUAUAGGGAAGACUUCCAAAGAAGAGAAUUAGAUGUAGGCAACAGAGAACUAAGUCGUUCAUGUUAAAGAUAGAGGAGAAUGCUUUGCUCUACCAGUAAUUGAAUAUUGAAUCAGAGUUAUCUGAAGAACAUAGGCAUUUAGAAGAGAUGAUAAGUAUUCAAUAAUAACAUUAUUUACGGGAAGUUACUAAUCCAUACACAGAAAGAUAAAAUUCACUAUUGCAAUCUUAAUAGACUCCUCACAUGGCAUCUCAGUAAUCUUUAAGAGAAUCUAUUCAAUCUCAAUAACAGCCGGGACAUUAAUUAAUGGAUAUUCCUAAUAUAAGUCCUGUUCAAUAUGUUUAAUAACCUCCUAGUGGAAUUUCGCAUAGUUCUUAUGCUUAAUUAUUAAAAGAUGCAUCUGUGAAUCGCAAGAAUUUCAAUGGUUCUUCAGAUAAGAAUUCUAGUGGGAAUGUUUUUUCGUUACCCUACAGCAGCAAUGGAAGCAAAACAAAUCCAAAUAAUGUUAUGUAGAAUAAGGAUAAGGAUGAAUUGAUAAGUAUAUAAUUGAAGAAGGCCAAAUUGAAAGACAGUGUAUAUUACCAUCAGAGGAGAAUACAGAAUUAAAUAGAGAGUGAGGGUUCACUCACCCCAUCUAAGUAUCAAAAGUGUCAAACCACUGCACCGCAAUAGUAACAGGCUAAGGCUUACAGAUCAGAUCGUAAAUCCAAUUCCUGCAUUUCUGAAUCUGAGAAAGGAGAAUACCAAGUGCCGUAAUAACAACAAGAGAAACCAACAUCAAAGUAUGGCAUAGCCUCUUCUAAAUUUACUGGGGAAACUGCAAAAUAGUUUAUGAGGAAUCCUCUGGAAAUGCCCAACAUAGAAUUCUACUAAUCUUUUGAAAAGAGUAAUCAAUAUAGUGACUAUUUCCCCUAAUACAAUGUGGAUUAAGCAAUUGAAAGUUAUAAACAAUAUUAAUAAUCUAGAUCCAGUGUUCAAAAAUGA